AUGCAAAUGGUCCAAGAUAAAAAGAUUCUUUUAAUGGCACCCGGAGUGGAGGGCUUUAAGGAGAACUGCUUGUUUCUGCUUUGUUUUCCCGUGUUUGUUUUGUUGAGAUUUUCCUCUGGUCCAUUCUUCUUCACCUGUGGGAAGGUGAGGAGCAGAGGGAAUCAUGGGAAAGCAAGGACCCUGCCAUCAUUGCGGAGUCACAAUGUUCAAGAGAAAUCUGUGGAUAUGGUUGAGGUUUCAAGGGUCUUUGCCUAUAAAAUUCUGAACGUGACGAACGAUAAUGAGAGAUUAGAUUCAGCUCAGGCUCCAAUUCAAGAAGAAGAAAGUUUAUCCCAUCUUGUGCCAGCAGCAUUAUAUGGUCUGAACUUUGUUCAACUAUUACUACUGCAAAAUGCUCCUUUGAAGUGGCUAUCAGCACUCAGUACUCCCCUUUGGCGAAAUGGGCCACCAGAUAAGCCAGUGCUCUGCAAUGCAUGUGGCUCGAGAUGGAGAACAAAGGGUUCAUUGGCAAACUACACUCCAAUGCAUCGCAAGGAUGAUGAUGAACCUAGAGUUAGUAGGCUGAAGCCACCAACAUCAAAGUCAAAGUCCCAGAAGAAAAAAUCAAAUCACAUCAUAAUGGAGAAUGGGCCAUUUUCUGGUCAGAAUUUCCAAAAGAUGGGGGGUGCUGACCCAAGCAAUUGGUCUAGUUCUGGAUCUGCAGUAUCAUACUCUGAGAGUCGUGUUGCUGAUGCAAGUGAAAUGACUGGUUCAGCACAAUCACAUGCUUGGGAAUCCCUAGUGCCAUCAAGAAAGAGGAGCUGUGUCACUCGUCCGAAGCCUUCAUCUGUAGAAAAGCUUGCAAAAGAUCUUAACUCCAUCAUGCAUGAAGAGCAGUUAUACUACCUUUCAGGAUCAUCAGAGGAAGACCUACUGUACCAUAGUGAAACUCCUGUUGGUUCAUUUGAGAUUGGCUCUGGAAGUGUGCUUCUAAGGCAUCCGAACUCAAAAUCACUGGAGGAAGAAUCAGAAGCAAGCUCCUUUCCUGCAGAUAAUAAAUCAUACAUUACAAGUGAAUCCUAUUCAGGGUCUGUGUCGUUUGUCUCUCAUAGUGGAAACAAGGCAGCAAUCAACUUAAAUGCUGCAACUGUGAGACCAAAAAGGUCACUUCUGCGUAUUGAAGAUAAUGGUAGAAGGGAUAAACUUCAUUAUGAAAAUCAACAUAUCCUGGAGAGUGUCGAUUCACCUUUAGUUUCAGCAGAUUUAGAGGAAAAGGAAAUUAAGGAAACAAGAGGAGUGGAGAAUAUCAGUGGAUCAAAAGGCUUUACCAAGUCUACCAUAAAACCAGUCAAAAGAUCCCGUGACGACAACCACUUUCAGAGCGACUCAGAACUAGAUGGUACCAUGAGGAGUCCUAUAAGAGUUCUAAAAUCUGGAGCUUUGACGACUCAAUUUAAAAACUCAUCUUUGCCAAAAUCUGGCUACGCCACCAAAGAUUCAACUUGCACUGGAGGAGCACUUAACUUAUUUGUGUUACCCCCAGAAAAGUUAUCAUUAUUUGUCCCUCCUCAAUAUGCCAACUCUGAUCAAGACUUGCUGCUGGAGAUUCCUCUCAAUGCACGGCACCCAGAGGCAGAACUUCUUUGUCAGCCAUCUCAGCUGAGCUCAAUAACCCACAGCUCCACCUCUGUGGGUGGGGUUGCUGAAGGGGAGGGGCAUCUGAAGCAACCAUAG